AUGCGGAGAAGGUUUUACCCGGCGCCGCCAGAGGAGGGUGACCUCCUCGUCACUUUUCCCAAACCGAUGCGAACGAACCGAAAGACCUUCAUGCUUGCCGUGCUGCUGCUCCUGCUCUCGUUGUGCGCUUUCGUGCUCUGCAUCCCACAUGGGGCGAUAGACAAAAACAUGCCGAGAGAAAUUGGGGACGAUGAUGAUAACGCUCCCACGAAAAUCACGCUGCUUUUGCCCACGGUUAUGGAUGCGGAGAAAACACUCCGGGAGUGGCUCAAUCCUUCAGCAGCGCUCUCUGAUGUGGUGUGUGCAGGGGUUGAAGCCCAGUCUGGUCCGUAUCAGGUGAGCGUCGUUGUGGUGCAGAUGGAAAGACUGGACACGGAUGCGACAAACAGAAUUGGGAGGGCUAUGCCGGCAUUGGUAAAAGAAUUUCCCGAGAGACAGUUGUCGGAAGGAGGCGGGAUUCUCGAUAUUGCAGCUGAGGGGUCAUGGCACGCGUGGCGUUUCACUGAUACCGUCUCUACGGAGCAGAGUUGUGUGCGUGAGGUCGCUCUCGUUGCUGUGUCCACAGAACCUCACGCUUCUCUUGGCGGCUACGACGCACUCGAUAGGUAUGUGAAGGUCGGCCUCUCAGCUCUUCCGUACCACACAGAGUACUUUUUGAUUAUUGCAGACUUCUUGCUACCCGUCGUGUUGGCGGAGAAUUUGCGAUACAAAGAACGGUUUGGGCAUCACGGUUUCAUGCAGCGACUCUUGUCGGUCAGGCGUCACAACAAAGGACGUGUGGCGGCUGUGCAGUGCACCAUUCUUGCGCGCCGUUCUGCUUCGAAAGGUGCAGAUGGCACGCACGGUGAGGAAGCAGCAGCAGCAGCAGCAGCCGGUGCUGAUACAGAGGCAUGGAAUUCUUUCUCUGCGGGGGUGCCGGUGACUCCACUCUUUCUCCACCUUGAUGAGCACGAGCGCAACAGCACACAUCUCUCCGGAUAUGUAGCUUUGGACAAGGGCGCCUUCGUGGGCUACGGCACCAACUGGAAUAGCAGUGUCAGAGGCCAGUUUUUCACACGUCGACUCAAUGGUUACAGCGCACUAGAUGAGCGAGUGCGGCUCUUGGAGGAGCCUAUCGACGCAGUGUCGCCCUUCUGCAGCUUGUGGCAUCGAGGGGCUUUCGAUGCGGUGGGUGGAUUCGCGCCGUCAGUGCGGCAGUACUCGUCGGCCAUGCCUGGGACAAGGGGAUGGUCACUGGUGCGGGAGACACCACCUCCUGAUGAUCCGGAAAACGACCAUUUCAUAGUGAAAUGGUGGCGGUUAGAAAACAAUUUUCCCACACUCUGGCCGGACGUCCUUCAGGCGGAUGAUUUUGCCGGAUGGGAGCUCUCCUUUAGACUGCAGUUGGCUUUCCCUGAAUGGCAGCUGUGGAGCAGCACAGCGAUGGCCGUUGCGUGGACAACCCCAAUGCAACUUGUGGCCAGACACUGGGGGAUACAACCGCCAAUUCGUGUCAUUCCUCAAACCGUAGAUCAGCAGGUCCUUAGUUACUAUGCGCCUUCUUUCGUGAUGACAGGGGAUUUUGCGCGAGAGUGGGGGGCCUUUGCAGGAAGACUGUUCCGAAAUCGUUUGAGUGUACAGCAAUCACAACCACUGAACAAUUCUACAUCUGAGACAGAGUACCGCAAGGCUCCGCUUAUUGAAUUGCGCGUCUUGUCCAACUAUGGAGUUGUACGCUGCUCUGGGAUGAUGAUUGAAGGAAUGCAUUAUAUUGUGCCACUACAACGGCGUGUGAUGGUUUCCUUCUGGGGAUUCCGCUCGCUCUGGUGCCCAGGUUCACCACAGGGUGCAAUGGAUGCGCUCUAUCGCACACAGAUGGGGGUCAACCGCUGGGGAUAUCUUGGGGCGUGGCGCCAGCAGCAGCAGCAGCAGCAGCCACAAGAAGAGCUUAAAGAGAUGCGAGAGCCUCCUGUCGGCACAAGCAUUGAGACCGCAACGCACACACUAACAGACAAGAGUCCGGUCGUGCGCAUUACCUUCCUGCACAACUCCCCAAGGUAUGUUGACUCCUUGGGUAAUAAGGAAUACACAUCAGACUAUGGGGUGGCUCGCAUCCUCACUGAAACCUCAAGGUUGCGUGCCUACGAGGCUAAAAACAUUAACUUGUAUGUCGAUGAGCUUUGGGUGACAUGUAACUUUUUCAAGGAGAUUUAUAAACGUUCGGGUGUGCGUGAAGAACUGAUAUAUGUGGUGCCAGAGUCCCUUGAUCCGUAUCUGAUCAACCCCGAUCUUUAUGCACCCUUCGAUGAUCUCCCAGAGCUGGCAUUGCUGAAGAUUGACAGCAAAUGGACAAAAUACUGGACAAAUAGGCCACAUGAGGUUAGAACGACUAACAUGAAGCGCCGGUAUCGCUUCCUUAGCAUCUUCAAGUGGGAGAUGCGAAAAGGCUGGGAUGUGCUACUAUCGUCUUACUGGAAAGCCUUUGGCCCCGGUACCCCUUUGCAUGAAAAUGUGAGCCUCUACAUUAAGCUCAGUUUUGUCACGAACCAUUCAGAUGGCCAGAGAAUAAACAAUAUUGAACAGAAACUCACUCAAUGGGCCACAGAUGUUGCCCGGUUGCCUAAUUUUACGUCAAUGAGGCAGUUUCCGCAUCUUGUCAUCAUCUACAACCCCACCCUGCGAAAUGAGGACGUAUACCGAUUGUACCGCAGCGCUGACGCUUUUGUACUGCCGACGCGUGGGGAGGGGUGGGGUAUGCCGGCGAUGGAGGCGAUGUCGAUGGGUCUGCCGGUGCUCACCACCAACUGGGGCGGUUCCACCGCCUUUGCAACACGUGAGAACUCUUUCCUUAUUCCAGUGGACGGUCUCGAGGACGUUGUUGAGGACGUUACAUACGGUCACAUGAAGGGACGUAAGUGGGCUCUCCCGAGCAUUGACGGGACUGCAAAGCUGAUGGUGUACGUCGCCACACACCCGGAGCACGCACGGGCGGUCGGGCGACGUGCACGCCAGGACAUUGUGAGCACAUACUCAGAGGAGGCCGUCGCUGACAUGAUCAGCGAACGCCUCCGCGACAUUGCGCUCAAAGUGGGCCGACGGUGGAAUGUGCGUUGGCCAUGGGGUAAGAUGGUGCUAUGA